CAGGAAGUCGGAGAUAACGACUUGUCACUAAAAGAUGAGCCGCUGUAACUAUGAGUCAAAUUACAGAUCAGUUAUUGAAUCAGCCUUUAAGACAUUUGUAUAGCCCACUUCUCACUGUUAUAUCAACAUAACCAUCGCCGAUACCGUCUGUCUACCUCAUCUAUUUUCAGCACCCAAACCAACCCCACACUGCCAACCCCACACUCAAAAUGACAGACCCAAACUUCCACAUCACAACCCCACGCCUAUAUCUCUCCCACCUCAUCGCAACCAACGACGCCCACUGCGACUUCAUCGUGAAUCUCUACAACACACCCGAGUUCAUCGCCUCUAUCGGCGGCACUCCGACCUCCAUCACCACCACUGCGGGGGCACGAAAAUACAUAGAAACCCGUUUCCAAGCUGAGCACAGCAAGUACGGAUAUGGCACAUACCUCGUGAACCUGCAGCCCGACUCACCCGCUACAUCCAGCAACGCCUCGUUUUCCGAGGUGCUGAAGGGGUGCACGCCGAUUGGCACGGUGUCGCUGACGCGAGGGCUGGGCGAUGAUGCGUAUAAGGCGCCGGAUGUUGGAUUCGCGAUUAUUCCUGAGCUGAAUGGGAAGGGGUAUGCGACGGAGGCCACGGGGGCGCUGAUUGAAUAUGCCCGGCAAGACUUGGGUGUUGAUGCUGUGUUUGGCUUCUUUGCGAAGGGGAAUGCAAGGUCGAGGCGCGUGGUUGAGAAGCUGGGAUUUGAAGACCGUGGGGUUAGGAACCUGAGGUGCUUUGGUGGAGCUGAGAGUGAAGUGUGGGCUUUUCCGGGGAUGAAUGAAGACUUGGAAGUAUAUGGACUGUAGCAGGAAGUAGGCAUUGAAGUUGGCCACUGGCUAUAAAGCUCACGAUAAAAUUUGUCAGUGACGGUCGACACGCGUGUGAGAAGGUGAGGUUAUUCCGAAACGUAGCCAACCUUAUCGCGAUAGGGG